AUGCCCAAUCCUGCGGGUUUGCCGGGCAAUAUCGGCCAAGACUCCGACCUGAUUGAGCCCGAACCCUCGCGGUGGACCAUCGUCGAUGUCUCUGAGUCGGACUACACGACCGAUGAUGAUUGCAGUCUUGUUGAAAUCUCUCGGGGCAUUCCACUCCACAUCAAUUUCACCGAGGCCAACACAUUUAGAGUACCAGAGAUUCACAUCAACUGGCCAACCCAGCUCCCUUGGUUUCAAUUCCAGGACCAAUACUUCACAGGUAACCCAAUACAGCCCCACCUCCAGACAUUCCUCUGUCCUCGCCUUGCCCACACAAAAGUCCCCUUCCUUGGCCGCCCCAACUCGGCCUACCUACCGCUCACCAAGUACCUAGAUGCCUUUACCAAAGCUAUAACGGCUCAUGCGUCCCGUCUCGCGGACCGCAGCACCGGCGCUUCCAGUAGCGGGGCCCUCAUGCUAUCCGCCGCGCACAGCCAAGCUCUCGCCCACCCCAAGUCGCGGCGCGCGUGGCGCAAGAACUGA